AACGGAGAAUCCGUUUUCGAAAACAAGAAAAUAAUUGUCGAAAAAGCCUCGAUGGAAACAAACGUUACGCGCAGUUCACGCCAAGAUUAGCGCGCGUCUAUAAUUAUACGCGGCCGGACCGGGACCGCGCGCGCAAAGUCGUCACCACCCCACGCGCCCGCGGACUCGAGUCGGAAGUCGAAGACGGGCGCCCUCGUCGGCCGCGUCAGUCCACGUUCCGACGAACGAGCGACACGGUCCGUUUUACGCGCGCCGUCUCCCGAGAGCCUUUGCCGCCCCCGUCGUCCGGUGUCGGAAAAACUCGCGCGCAAAACGCCGCAGUAACACGACCGCGGUCGUAUCGUGAUCACCGUUGACCGGAUACGCGCACCGCGACUGUUACGUUUGUCGAUCGUCGCAAUUGGCCGACAAAAAUCGGAGAGGGCAAACCCGUGAGAAAAAUUCGGUCCGCGGAGAAGAGUUAAGAGAGCGGACGGAACACGAGGAAAAAGAAUAGUACCUGUUUCGUGGAACGAUAGACAAUAUUAUUGUCGUUACACGCCCGACGUCGACCCACGACCGCUUCACGUCGCCGCCACAGGCGUACGAUCAACCGCUCGCGUUCGAUGGCCACCAACGAUUACGAUUAUCUGGACUACUCGUAUGACGAUCACAAAAAUAAAAGACAUGGCGUGGCAUCCAUGAGUGGGCAAUUUAAAGGCGUUCAACAAUACAUCAAAAAUGAUAUUAUACAGCCAAAUUCUGAAGGAAGCACGCAUAGGACCAUAUUUCAACAAUCUACUACAUUGACAGCCAAAAUGUGGUCUCCAGAUAUUUCCGAUGAUUUUAACUUGGAUAUUUUUGGGUGGAAACUGGAUAAAGAUCAAUUUUUAAUUGCUAUUACAUGUGCUAUAGCUAUUAUAAUAUUAAUGUCAAUAACUAUUGUGUUUACAAUUUGGUAUUGUUGUUUUUGUAAAAAAAAAACCGUACAAAAUAAUGAAGAGGAACAAAGAAGUAAUUCCAAUAUACCUGGGUACUCCACUGUAUUCUUGGACCCAAAAACUGGAAAUUUUGUGUAUAGUAAUCGCAUUGUUGAAUUGUUUCCUGAACGAGAAGGUUCUCCCGAUCAUUGGUUUUUCAAUGAUCAAGGAGAAGAACCAGUUGGUACAAAUACAGUACCGCGUUCAGCUUCUGUACCACCAGCAAAACAACUUCAAUCAUUUGAUCCUUGUAUACGUGAAAUCAAAGAAUUUAUUAGCAAUGAAACAUUUGAUGUUCCAAAUAUGCAUUACAUUGACAAUGAAACUCAAAAUGACCCUUGCCAUUUACCAAACACUUUACCUCAGAUCUCUGAAUUCAACCCUCACCAAUUUACUUCCAGUAACUUUUUAGACCACUGCCAUAAAUGGGAUGGAAAAUCAGUGACACUACGAACAAGAAGCCUUCCAACUCAUGUACGAAACAAAAAACGACCAUUCUCAACAUCUGACAAUUUGUCAGAACUCUAUGCAAAGGUUAAUUUUAGUAAAAAAAGGAAAAAUCGAAUGAGAAAUGAUGAGGCUGCCAUAAUCGCAAUGAGCAAAUCUAGAAGUCAGUUCCUCAACAACAAAGAUACUGAUAUAUUGGUCGACAAUGAAGCAGUGAUUGUUUAUGAUGAACGGACUGCCUUAUAAUAAGAUAAUACUAUGUGAUAUAUCUAUAGGUCAACUAUGGUAGAUUCUCAUCCUUACUAUGUGCAAUAUUGUUAUAAUUGUUUCUCUAAUGAACAGGGUUAUUGCAAAACAUAUAUGCAGUAUUUCAGUCAAAACAUUGUGCAAGAUAAAUUAGAAACUAUGUUCCAAAAAAUAUAAUAUUAUGUUUAUUGCA